GAGUUUUUUUUUUUUUUACUAACAGACAACGAGCAGAGAGAAAUAGAGGAGGAGGAGAAGAAGAAUUUCGUAACCGGGGGUAGUUUUGUUUUCGUGCCAGUCUCGACUAUCUGUCAUUUGGAGUUUUCUGUUUUCCAAACGGCGAUCGGUUGACCGAUACGUUAUAACACGGUUUUGUUAUUUUCGACUGCGACACUUUUUUUUUUUUUAACAGAACGGAAUUAUAAACGGAUUUAUUUUUUAUUUUUUAUUAACCCAUACUCACGGAGACAGUUACUAAGAGAUUUAAACAACGGGAAUAAUUCACUAAUAAACACACAAUAUUCUCCAUUGUAAAAGGUCUGGCUGCAGCCAUGAUGGUGUAUGACUACCCACUGAAGACAGACAUGGAGACGGUGAGACUGGAGUCUCUCUAUCAGUCUUAUCCCUCAGUAGUGAACAGCGUUAUCUUCACCCCUCACCCCUACCACCCCACACAAUACGCACACACACACACCUUCUCCCCAUCACACGCACUCACACACACCCAGUCCGCCAACCCCACCUCACAUACACAGCUCGAACCGGUCGACUUGUCGGUCAGCAAACGACCCUCUCCUUCCUCCUCCUCCUCCCCCUCUUCUUCUUCCUGUUCCUCCACUUCCUCCCCUUACAGUCGUUCCUCCCCCCAGCCCUCCCCAGCCCUCCAUUACCCCGUGUUGUUAGGCUCCGGCCCCGGGGUCGUCCAGGGUUCAGGGGUCAUGCUGUCCCAGGUCAUGCUGCAACCCUUGUCCGUCCUUUACCCUUCCCCGCUACACCUGCCUCAGCCAAUCGUGGUCAACCGCACCGUCGCUAGCGACGACCGCGACCACCAUCAUCACCAUCACCAUCAUCAUCACAGGCCGGCAGGAAGCUCACAACAUCAGACAGCAUCCUCCAUGAAGUCAGAGCUCAGAGGAGACUCACACCCUGACCUCCACAAGCUAAUCAAAACAGAGCGUGCCCACGACUCGUACAACCAGGAAAUGACCUCGUCGGUCAUCAGCGUGCCACAGGCCUAUAGCGAUAACAACCCGUCUGUGAUCGUCCAUUCUGGGGGUAAUCACCCGAUGCCAGUCGAGUCUCCCGAUUCGAUGAAGAAGAGACGAAUCCACCGCUGUGAUUUCAACAGCUGUAACAAAGUCUACACCAAGAGCUCUCACCUGAAGGCCCAUCGCCGCACACACACAGGAGAGAAGCCCUAUAAGUGCAUGUGGGAGGGAUGCACGUGGAAGUUCGCCCGAUCGGACGAGUUGACCCGUCACUUCCGUAAACAUACGGGGGUCAAACCGUUCCAGUGUCCCGACUGCGAACGCAGCUUCUCCCGUUCGGACCACCUGGCUCUGCAUAAGAAACGCCACCUGCUGGUCUGAACGCAGCCCGUUGGAUAGCUGGUUCCAUACCACCUCAGACAGGGACUUAAACAUCCAUCAUCACUUUAUUCAUUCAUCCGUUCAUCCGUACUCAUCCUCCUCCUCUUCCUCCUCCUCCUCUUCCUCUCCACUCCUCCCCUUCUUAGUACCAGUGCUAGCUGUUGUUUCCUUCCCAGAAGGCAGAUGGUGUUCGUAGGCCCAGAUCUAGGAUCAGUUAAACCUCCAGACGGCUUGACCUUAACCAUAGAGAUAGACAGACAUCUUGACCUUAACCAUAGAGAUAGACAGACAUCUUGACCUUAACCGUAGAGAUUGACAGACAUCUUGACCUUAACCAUAGAGAUAGACAGACAUCUUGACCUUAACCGUAGAGAUUGACAGACAUCUUGACCUUAACCUUAACCUUAACCAUAGAGAUAGACAGACAUCUUAACCAUAGAGAUAGACAGACAUCUUAACCUUAACCAUAGAGAUAGACAGACAUCUUGACCUUAACCUUAACCAUAGAGAUAGACAGACAUCUUGACCUUAACCUUAACCAUAGAGAUAGACAGACAUCUUGACCUUAACCAUAGAGAUAGACAGACAUCUUGACCUUAACCAUAGAGAUAGACAGACAUCUUGACCUUAACCAUAGAGAUAGACAGACAUCUUAACCUUAACCAUAGAGUUAGAACGAGGACUCAACUUUGUACGGUGUCUGUGACGGCAUGGGCAGCACCAAUGAUCUCCAUUUUAAAGUAGUACAUAUUUUUUUCAUUAUUUUUGCUAAAUUUUUUUUUAAAAGCUCAUAUUUGUGAUUUACCGCCACCUGCAGGGCUGGAGUCCUGAACCACAUCUACUCUCUACUCUUGAUAUAUCUCCAAGCCAUUACCAAACCAUAACACCCUAUUUGAAGAAGAAGACAUUUCCUAUGCUCAAUAAGGCUGAUCGCUCCCAAAUCCCCAUAAGGAUUCCCUGCCCAGUUGACUACUUUAAAAUGGUGGAAGCCCUCAAUGCUCAUGCUAAAAAUGUUUUUUUUUUAAACGGGUUCAAUCCUUCCUUUGUACCUCUAUGACUUGAUCUAUUAUGGAUACAACACAACAGAUAGAAGGAUGAGACAGAUGUUUAUAUAUAUAGAGAGAGAGAGAGAGAGAGAGAGAGAGAGAGAGAGAGAGAGAGAGAGAGAGAGAGAGAGAGAGAGAGAGAGAGAGAGAGAGAGAGAGAGAGAGAGAGA